AUGAGUCUCGAGAAUCAAGUCAUCGCCGUCACCGGUGCUGGGAGCGGGAUCGGAAGAGCAACCGCAAUGUAUUUGGCAGACAUUGGGGCUCGCGUUGGUUUGCUGGAUAUUCGAUCGCCACAGGUUGUUGCAGAGGCGAUCAAUCAGAAUUACGGCGAGAACAGAGCAUUCGCUUGCGCCUGCGACGUGCGAUCUUCAGCCGACGUCGAUAAGGCUUUUCAGAGCAUCGUCGAUGCUCUUGGUCCUCUCAACGGAGCCGUCAAUCUGGCGGGAGUGGUUGGCAAAGGGCGCAAACUAGGCACGGAAGAAGGAAGGCUCAAGGACCUGGCAGAUGAAGAGUGGGAGAGGGUGGUAGCGACUAAUUUGACAGGAACAAAGAACUGCAUGCGUGCUGAGCUGCAGUGUCUCUCUCCAGCAGGAGGCUCGAUUGUGAACACGGCCAGUGUCGCCGGCCAGCAGGGCACGCCUUACAACUCUGCAUAUGCAGUCAGUAAAGCUGGAGUCAUCUCCCUCACAAAGUCCGUGGCAAAAGAGACAGGAAAGCAUAAUGUGCGGAUCAAUGCCAUUUCACCUGGUGUUGUCGAUACGCCUCUUCUCGAUAGCUUCACAGAUGAUUCGUCUCGGCCCGGCUUUAUGGCCAAUACCAACGCGCUCGGACGAGCAGCCCAGCCCACCGAAGUGGCUAAGUUGAUAGCAUUUCUCUUGAGCAACGACAGUUCAUACUGCACAGGUGCCAUAUUCAACAUCGACGGUGGUUGGUAA